GUUAUGGCCGCUGCUGGAUUUUCCUUGGCGCUGCUCUCUGCAGACUGGGAGGAGGAGCGUAGUACCUGGAAUCGGCUGACAUCACCUCGUGAUGCUGCCAGCCUGAUGGAGCAGAUGGAGGAGGGAUUCAACUUGGAGUUGACGAACCUCUCUGACCUCCCUGAGAAAGAGAG